AUGCUCCAGAGGCAGAUGCCCGCCUGGGUCUUCCACUCCCUGCCAGACCCAAGCCAAACAGAAGAUGGCAGGCCGUCGGCCACCUGCACCUUGGAGAGGGGGCUGUUUCCAUGCCACCUGCUGACAGUGAGGGUCAUCCAGAUGAAAAACGUGCGACAGGCUGAUGUGGUGAGCCAGACAGACUGCUUUGUGAGCCUCUGGCUGCCCACCGCCUCUCAUGAGAGGCUGAGGACUAGGACCAUCUCCAACUGCCCCAACCCAGAGUGGAAUGAAACCUUCACCUUCCAGAUCCAGAGCCAAGUGAAGAACGUGCUAGAGCUGAGCGUCUGCGAUGAAGACACAGUGACACCAGAUGACCAUCUCUUGACAGUUCUCUAUGACCUCACCAAGCUCUGCUUCCGAAAGAAAACCCACGUGAAGUUCCCACUCAACCCAGAGGGCAUGGAGGAGCUAGAGGUGGAGUUCCUGCUGGAGAAAAGUCCUGAUCCACCUGAGACCCUCAUCACCAAUGGCGUGCUGGUGUCUCGACAGGUCUCCUGCCUGGAGGUGCAUGCAGAAUCCAGGAGGCGGAGAAAGUGUGGCAAACAGAAGGACCUCCUGGUGACAGUGACGGAGUCCUUUGAGCACACCCAGCGCAUCUCGCACUGCCUGGAGCCCUGCUGCCCAAACCCUGCCUGCUUCCACUACCCCAAGUACUUCCAGUCCCAGAUUCACGUGGAGGGGCCCAAGAGUCCAUGGAGCUGUGGGCUUUGCUGCUGCUGUGCGCACAAGAAAACCGGCCCCAUCUGCCAGCCCCUCGACUGCCUCCCCGACGGCCAGACGGUGACCCUGCCUGUGGGCGAGAACUGUGAACUACACAUGAAGUCUACACCCUGCCCCCAGACGCUGGACGUGCGGCUGGGCUUCAGCCUGUGCUCGGCAGAGAUGGAGUUCCUGCAGAAGCGGAGGCUGGUGGUGGCUGAGGCGCUGAAGCAGGUGUUGCAGCUGGAGGAGGACCUGCAGGAGGACGAGGUACCACUGAUAGCCAUCAUGGCCACCGGGGGUGGAACAAGAUCCAUGACGGCCAUGUACGGCCACCUGCUGGGACUGCAGAAGCUGAACAUCCUGAACUGUGCCAGCUACAUCACUGGCUUGUCAGGGGCCACCUGGACCAUGGCUACCUUGUACCGUGACCCAGACUGGUCCUCCAAAAACCUGGAGCCUGCCAUCUUUGAGGCACGGAGGCACGUGGUCAAGGACAAGUUGCCUGCCCUGUUCCCAGACCAGCUCUCCAAAUUCCAGGAGGAGCUCCGGCAGCGCAGCCAGGAAGGGUACAAUGUCACCUUUACAGACUUCUGGGGCUUGCUGAUCGAGGCCUGUCUGGGGGACGAGAGAAAUGAAUGCAAACUGUCAGACCAGCGUGCUGCUUUGUGCCAGGGCCAGAACCCCCUGCCCAUCUACCUCACCAUCAAUGUCAAGGAUGAUGUAAGCAACCAGGAUUUCAGAGAGUGGUGCGAGUUCUCCCCCUACGAGGUGGGCCUGCAGAAAUACGGGGCCUUCAUCCCCACCGAGCUCUUUGGCUCCGAGUUCUUCAUGGGACGGCUGAUGAAGAGGAUCCCAGAGUCGCGGAUGUGCUACAUGCUAGGUUUGUGGAGCAGCAUCUUCUCCCUGAACCUGCUUGAUGCCUGGAAUCUGUCCCACACCUCGGAGGAGUUUUUCUACAGGUGGACAAGGGAGAGAGUGCACGACAUCGAAGACGAGCCACUCCUGCCUGAAAUCCCCAAAUGUGAUGAAAACAUCCUGGACACCACGGUGGUGAUCCCAGGGUCGUGGCUGUCCAACACAUUCCGCAGCAUCCUCACCCAUCGGCCCUUCGUGUCUGAGUUCCACAACUUCCUGCGGGGGCUGCAGCUGCACACCGACUACCUCCAGAACACAGAGUUCUCCAGGUGGAAAGACACCGUGCUGGACGGUUUCCCAAACCAGCUGACGGCGUCUGUGAACCACCUGUGCCUGCUGGACACCGCGUUCUUCGUCAACUCCAGCUACCCGCCCCUCCUCCGGCCUGAGAGAAAAGUCGACCUCAUCAUCCAUCUCAACUACUGUGCCGGAUCCCAGACAAAGCCCCUGAAGCAGACCUGUGAGUACUGCACCGUGCAGAACAUCCCCUUCCCCAAGUACGAGCUGCAGGAGGAGGAGGAGAAGCUCAAGGAGUGCUACCUUAUGGAGAACCUGCAGGAACCUGAUGUCCCCGUCGUGAUUUUCUUCCCUCUCAUCAACGACACCUUCCAGAAGUACAAGGCCCCAGGUGUGGAGCGAAACCCCGAGGAGCUGGAGCAGGGCCAGGUCGACAUUUAUGGCCCCAAAACUCCCUACGCCACCAAGGAGCUGACGUACACAGAGGCCGCCUUCGACAAGCUGGUGAAGCUCUCCGAGUACAACAUCCUGAAUAACAAGGACAAGCUCCUUCAGGCCUUGCGGCUGGCAGUGGAGAAGAAGAGAUGCCUGAAGAGCCAGUGUCCCUCCUAAGUCCCCGGGAGCCUCCCCAUCCUGUGUCUGCUUCCACCAUCAGAGGCACAAGCGCUUCAGGGCUGACGGACUGCACAGCAGGCUCCGCGUUCUGGCAAGGGGUGCAGGCUGGCUGGCCCGGGCUUUCUAUCAAAAUCUAAAAAUUGAAAAGAGUUGAGAGAGACAGGGAGAGAGAAAGAGAUAAAGGAAAAUAACAAGAAGAUAUAUUGGGGUUUUAAACCCACUGGAAUUUUUUAAACCUUUCCCUGGAGAGAAGGGGGUUCCAUAGCUGCAGGCUUGCACACAUGCUGAAAGUGGAGAAUGAAAGCCUGGCCUGAGGGAGAGGCGGGUUCCCCAGAAACCUCAGACCGAGAACUGGAGCUCAGGACCCUCCCCUCUGUGCUCCUCUCAGCCCCCUCGCUCGGAGGCUCGGGGAACGCACAAGAAGACCUGAGGAGCACUCAGGGUCCCCUGGAAAAAUGCUUUAAAUUUAAGGCAAUUAUAUUCCUGUGAUUUUUAUAGGCAAUUUUAUUUUGUGGUUUUUAUUUUUAUGAGUCAGGGUAUUAAUAAGAAGUGUGAUGCUAGAAGAUCUAGAUGGAGCAUUAGAGAUGUCCCCAUCUCUUCAACAGCAAAGCCAAACAGGUGACAGCCUUCAGCAACCCCUCUUGAGCCAUUCAGAGCCCAGGACUGGUGAUCCUGUGGUCCCGCCUGAGGUUCUCCUCUGGCGAAAUGCCAGGCAAAGCCCGAGUCUGCAGCUCAGGUUCACCAGGCCUGGGAUGCAGCUCAGGGAUGUCUGGGCAGGUAAAGGAGUCAGGCAUCAGGUGGGUGAUGCUGCCCAGGGCCGCCCACUCGAAGAGGCCGACGCUCCUCACCAACCUGCUCCAGGAGCACAUCUCAGUUCUCAUACGACCCUCCUCUCUGGUUUCCAUAUGGGAUUAUUUGUUUCUAAAUGGGAUUCCUCUUAUUUAUCAUGUAAACACCACAGCCAGCACAUCCCAACUCUUGGAGUCACCCUGAGAAAAUGAAACUAGGAAGGAUCAACCCAGAAAGCACUAGGUUAGCUCUGAGAAAGAGGCUCAUCCUUAAAGAUGGCUUCCAGAUGAAUCGCUGGGAAAGCCCUGGGACACAGAGGAGCCUAAUCAAAGCGUCCGGCCCUCCCAUUGGUCUGGGAACUUAACCAAAGACCUGUUUUACCUGAGACAUUGAGAUGCCCAGGCUGAUGGAAGGUGUGAUCAGAAAGGCAUGUGGUCCACAUGAAGCCCAACAAACCUGGAAGACAUGGCCCUCUUUCUGGGCCAUGAUGCUCCCUAAGCGGUCCAGUGGUUGUUAGGAGACGAGUGAUGACAGGGACCAAAGUUUAGAAAAAUUGACCUCCAAUUUAUGUCCUCACCACUCAAAGUGUGGUGGGAAACUGGUUAGAAAUGCAGAGCCUCAGGCCCCGUCCCAGCCAUACCCAAUUAGAGAAUCAAAAUCUCCAUCUUAAGGAGAUUCCCACCUCCUCGCCACUGACCCCCCAGGUGAUGCCUAUGCAUAUUACAGUUUGAGAGGUGUGGAUUUCUGCCUCCCCCUCCCAUAAGCUUGGAAAGUACGAACCUAUCAACUCCCCUGAGGCGCCUAUAACCUGGGCUUCUGGACCUGCAAAACUGGUCCCCACCCAGAUAAUGCUAACCUGGGAUGCUACCCCUCCCCGCCACCGGAGCAUCCAGCUGCCUCCACUUUGACAUCUUUUCUUUCCAUCUGCAACAAACAGGCUCUCCUUAAAUUAUCAGAGUGAGCCACGGCAAGACCUGUUUGUUGUAAGGUGAAGGCAGCCUUGCCUUGGGCUCAUCAAAGUAUGUAAGAUGAGGUUUAUAAAGUCAUUGUAUUUCUGAACACAGAAUAAAUGGCCAUGUGGGUAAA